GCUCAACAGCCUCUGCCCAAAGAAUGAGCUUUACCAGAAACCCUUCCCUGAUUCUGACAUGAAUUCUGAUGCUUGCUGAACCCCAACUGCUGGCUUCCAGGAGCGGGUACUAAGGGAGCCCUAAGGAGUCGCUGCUCAGGAGCAGCCAGCCCUUGAGUCCACCAUGAACUGGAGUGUUUUUGAGGGACUCCUGAGCGGAGUCAACAAGUACUCCACAGCCUUUGGUCGCAUCUGGCUGUCUCUGGUCUUCGUCUUCCGUGUGCUGGUGUACCUGGUGACAGCUGAGCGCGUGUGGGGGGACGACCAGAAGGAUUUUGACUGCAACACCAGGCAACCCGGCUGUACCAAUGUCUGUUACGAUGAGUUCUUCCCCGUGUCCCACGUGCGCCUCUGGGCUCUGCAGCUCAUCCUGGUCACCUGCCCCUCUUUGCUUGUGGUCAUGCAUGUGGCCUAUCGAAAGGCUCGAGAGAAGAAGUACCAGGAAAAGGUUGGCGAAGGGUACCUUUACCCAAACCCCGGCAAGAAGCGGGGCGGACUCUGGUGGACAUACGUCUUCAGCCUCUCGUUCAAGGCCACCAUAGACAUUAUCUUCCUCUACCUCUUCCACGCAUUCUAUCCUAGAUAUACCCUCCCUUCUAUGGUCAAGUGCCAUGCAGAGCCGUGUCCCAACACAGUGGACUGCUUCAUCGCCAAGCCCUCCGAGAAAAACAUCUUCAUUGUCUUCAUGGUGGUCACCGCCGUCAUCUGCAUCCUGCUUAACCUUGUGGAGCUGAUCUACCUAGUGAUUAAGCGGUGUUCUGAGUGUGUGCAGCUGAGGAGACCACCCACUGCACAUACAAAGAAUGACCCAAACUGGGCCAACUCUCCUAGCAAAGAGAAGGACUUCCUCUCAUGCGACCUCAUCUUUCUGGGCUCAGAUGCUCACCCGCCUCUGUUACCAGACCGCCCUCGAGCCCAUGUGAAGAAAACCAUUCUGUGAAGGGUCCCUAGAAUGGACUGGCAGGGUGGGCAUGACCUGGAAGGUUCCAGAGUCUCUCAUGAAUGUAGCUGAUGGGGAGAAGAGCUGAGCUGGCGUUGGAGGCAGGCAAAAGGGAGGACUCCCAGAGCUUGGGAUCCAGUUGUGCCUCCCAGCUGACUGGACUUCACUGCAUCACCCCUCUCCUCUGUACCUCCGUUUCCUUUUCUGUUAAAUAAACACACCGAGGGCCACUUUGCAGGGCUCCUGGGAGGGCAGUUUCACGAAGGCACCAACGAGCAAAUGCCUUCCUGUGUGGCCCAGGGUGAGAGCUAAAUAAAGAUAAAUGGGUUUACAGA